AUGAGGAGAGCUUACGAGGUCUUUACGAGCAGUUUUUCCUUCUUAUUUGACAGCGAAGGAUCAUCCUUGGGGCUGAAAGGCUCUUUAAACACUUCUAAUUUCGUUGAAUACGGAGAUGAUUUGGUCUCCAUUAACAAACAGUGGAAGUGGGCCGGUAAAACUCCGUCAAUGUUUGAUUCUAAUCUUCCCGAAGAUAAGCAAUACCUUUGCUGUGAUAAUGUAGCAUGUUUAAGGCUUCUUAAAUCUGAUAUAACUCUUCAUGAAUCAUGGCUGGUUUCUGAACCUCAUGAUAACGAAGCGGAUAAUCUUUACGAGGAAGACCCAGCAUCUUCUGUAGAAACGUCUUGGAGGACUUAUUCCCUAACCAUUACAUAUGACCGUUAUAACGAAACUGCUAGAUUCUGGCUCAGAGGAUAUAAUCAAUUUGGGCUUCCGUUAAGCAAGGAUGAGAUGUUUGAGGACGUUCCUGAAGUUUACGUUGGGAAAACGGUGACUGUGGAAAGGCAUCCUUUUACUGGAUUUUUAAACCUUACAGUCCACCCUUGUAACCAAAAGGAAAUCGUUAAACUUGAAAACCAAAAUUUCAGGUUAGAAUUAGUAAAAUUUAAAUAA